AUGGCCGGAACACAUGAUUUGGGUGAGGUGAUGGAGAUGAGAAUGAGGGCGCUUGGCGUGCAGCUGGAAGAGACAAGGAGAAGGUUGGAUGAGGCUGAGAGGAGACGAGUGGUGGAGACAAGGAAGUCAAGGGGUCAGGUGAAAGAGAGGGAGAGAGAGCUGGCUGCAGUGAAGGGGGAGGUGACUGAACUGAAGGAUGCUCUCAAGAAGUUGGAUAUUGAGCUGAAAAUCAGCCAGAGUGAAGGCGAUGAGAAGACAGCAUGGGAGUUCUUUCUUGUCACUGUGAUCGUCCCUUUUCUUGCCGUGUUUACCUUCUUCACCCGUUUUCACCAGACAAUCCAGUCAGCAUCACAAAAGACCCACCUGGACCUGAACGGCCUUGAUGAUGUCUCAGACGCCAUGCUCGCCCAUGUGUCCGCCAUGACGCAUGUGAAGAGCAUUAACCUGGACUCUAGCUCAGGAUUCAGUGCGGAGGGCAUCAAGCACCUCUACAGGCUGCCACGGCUGGAGACGCUAGACCUCCAGGGAGCAGAUGUCUCUGACAGUGCCUUGGAAGGCAUUGGGUCCUUGACCAGUCUCAAGCAGCUUUACUUCUUGAAGAAUGCGGUGACCGAUGCUGGUCUGUCUCACCUGACAGCUCUGUCCUCUCUGAAAGAGCUGUGGCUUGGUGGUUGCAUGGGUGUGACAAAUGCUGGCAUGGUGCAUGUGGGGAGGCUGACAGGGCUUGAGGACCUUCGGCUGGGUUGGACAGCAGUCACGGAAGAUGGGUUGCAGCAGCUGACAGCCCUGACCAAGCUGACAACUCUUCGACUGCCAGAUGGAGAUAUGGUUUACAAUGAAGAUGUGCGGAGGUGGAUAGGGCUGUAUGGGGCAGGCAGUGAUGGAGCAGAAGAAGACACGUGGAAGCAGAGUUGA